AUGGUUCGCAUCAGCAUCAUCGCAACUUUUGCUUUCGCCCUUGGCGCUAUUGCUUUGACACCCAACAACGCCGGUGCCCGUGACGUAGGCAAUGGCCAGGGCCAGCAGUUCACCACUGGAGGAUGUGUUGCGGACGAUGACUGCGCAGAGGGCUGCUGUGCCGGUGGUGCUACAGAUGCAGAAGGCAACGCAGUGGGUAUCUGCUCUGGAAUUGGUGCCGAGUUCCAGAACGGCAAGACAGGAUGCGGUUUCGUGGAUCCCAACGCGGCUCAGUCGAUCGCCAAUGCCGAGAAGAUUGUUGCGAAGCAGGGUUUCUAG